CAAUAGUUUGUCCCAAAACCAUGUGACUUGCAUCACAUGAUUGUAUUGCCUUCAGUGGCAGACAUUUUGAAAAGAAACUGAUGUCAGCAGCAGAGAAACAGCGAAGAUACAGGGCUCGGCGGGAUGCUGAUCCCUCAAGAAGGGCACAAUAUUUAGAAAAGCAGAGAGAGGCAUGGUACAGACUAAUAAGACUAGGAAAUGUGAAACCAAUCGCAGAGUUGAGUGAGAGUGAGAAACAAAGCAAAAGAGACAAAUGGAGAAAAGCACAACAGAGAAGAAGACAAAGAAAGCGAAUGCUAGAAAACAUGAUUACUCCAGCAGACCGCCCUGAAUUUGACCAGCCACCUGAAGAAACAAGGAGUCGAAUGGCCUCUGUUGUUACAGUGAAGACAGAGAAGCGUCCUUCCCCUGACUCUGAGGAUGGUGACACAGUGGCUAAGAAGGCCAGGAAGUUGCUGCCCAGCCUGAAGACCAAGCGUGCCCCUGAGCUGGUGCUGGUGAUCGGCACAGGGGUGAGUUCAGCUGUAGCUCCUCAGGUGCCCGCGCUGCGCUCCUGGAAAGGUCUGAUCCAGGCGCUGCUAGAUGCUGCCAAUGACUUUGAUCUGCUUGAGGAGGAGGAGAGCCGCCGCUUCCAGAAAAGUCUGCAAGAGGACAAGAACCUAGUACACGUUGCUCAUGACCUUAUUCAGAAACUUUCACCGCGGACAGGAAAUGUACGCUCCACCUUUUUUAAAGACUGCCUCUACGAGGUGUUUGAUGACCUGGAGUGUAAGAUGGAGAAUGCUGGGAAGCAUCUCCUCCGCUCUGUGCUGCAGUUGAUGGAGAGCGGUGCCCUGGUCCUCACCACCAACUUUGACAACCUGUUAGAGAUCUACGCUGCGCACCAAGGGACCAAGCUGGAGUCUUUGGAUCUCACAGAUGAGAAGAAGGUUCUGGAGUGGGCUCAGGAGAAGAGAAGACUGAGUGUGCUCCAUAUUCACGGUGUUUACACCAACCCCAGUGGUAUCGUACUGCAUCCUGCUGGCUACCAGAAUGUUCUGAGGAACACAGAAGUCAUGCGGGAGAUCCAAAAACUCUACGAAACCAAGUCUUUUGUGUUCCUGGGCUGUGGUAGGACAGUGGAUGACACCACUUUCCAGGCACUGUUUCUCGAGGCGGUCAAACACAAGUCCGACCUUGAGCAUUUCAUGCUGGUGCGGCGAGAGGACGUGGGCGAAUUCAAAAAGCUUCGAGAUAACAUGCUGGACAAGGGCAUUAAGGUCAUCUCGUACGGCAAUGAAUACUCCGACCUGCCGGAGUACUUUGAGCGGCUGGCCAACGAGAUUUGCAACCGGGAAGUGGACCGUGACGUAGUGACCAAUGGUUGGGGAUCUCCCAUCUCACAAGGCGAAGAAAGUCAAAAUGGUUUUACGACCCAGAAAAACCUCCUGCAAGACUACCACUCGUGACACAUGUGGCAGUCUGAGAACAUUCCCACAGCUCCGCUGCACAGUUCCGUCGCCCCCUUCCGCUCGGGUCUGGUAUGACUAGAUCUUCACGCACAACGGACUCUUUUCUCAUAUUUAAACCGAGCGCUGUCAGUACCGGUUCGCUUCACACGGGAAAGGCGUCUGUGAAAACACCACUAAGCAAACUGUGAACUCCUGCAACUCAGAAAAUGUUUAUGAAACUCUUCAUGUGAGUGAAGGAGAAAUUUGUGGAAUUUUUUUAUGCUAAGUGAAGUGUGGACCAAGAAUGAUGUUCAGGGCCAGUCUGAUCUUAAACAUGUAGUAGUUUCUCACUUCCCAUUUUUCACAUCAGUAAAUGCACCAGCAAAAUUUAAUAGUGUGUGAAUCUCACAAAAUAAAUGUCCUGGUCAUGUUUCACCUCAAAAUAAAAGGGAAAAAAAAACAAUGCAUUUUGAAUAAAGACCAUUAAUGUGGUUAAACACACACACACACACACACACACACACACACACACACACACACACACACACACACACACACACACACACACACACACACACACACACACACACACACACACACACACACACACACACACACACACACACACACACACACACACAAUAUAUAGUGCAAUAUAUUGUUUUUUUUAUGAAGUCUCAUGUUCUUUCAUUUUUAUCAGAAAUACAGUAUACAGUAAUUCAGUGAAAUGUUUUCAAUUGUAAUAUUUUAAAAUAUUCAUAUGAUGGCAAAGCUGAAUUUUCAGCAUCGUUACUUUAGUCUUCAGUGUCACAUGAUUCUUUAAUUCAGCAAGGAUUCAUUAUAUUGAUCAAAAGUGACAAUAAAGACAUUUAUAAUGUUACAAAAGUUUUUUUUAUUUCAAAUAAAUGCUGUUCUUUUGAACUUUCUAUUUAUCAAAGAAUCCUGAAAAAAGUAUAUUUUUCACAAAAAUAUUAAGCAGCACUGUUUCAAACAUUGAUAAUAAUAAUAAUAAUAAUAACCAUUAUUAAUAAUAACCAAUAAUUGAGUAUAUUAUAAUUUCUGAAGGAUCAUGUGACACUGAAGACUGGAGUAAUGAUGCUGAAAAUUCAGCUUUGAUCACAAGAAUAAAUUAAAAUGUAAAAUAUAUUCAAAUAGAAAACAUUUAUUUUAAAUUGUAAUAAUAUUUCACAGUAUUACAGUUUUGCUGUAUUUUUCAUCAGAUAAAUGUAGCCUUAAUAUAAAGCAUAAUCUUUCCAAAACAUUACAAAAAACGUAAUUAUUCCAAACUUUUGACCUGUAGUGUGUGUGUAUAUGUGUACACACACUUUUUUCUUUUAAUUGGUUGAAAUAUGACUCAGGACAUUUCUUUUAUUAUUAAAUGUGUCCUGCCCUGUAAGAAGGAGGAAAUGCAUAAAACGCCUUGUCAGGGUGGCUGGGGUGUGAAUCAAAAUGCUCGUGAUUUCUCAGGCUUUACUUAGAAGCAUUUCAGCUUCCAUGAAUCUACUUGAACUUGUCAUGAGACUGAGGAUAAUGAUACAAUGCCAUCAUUCCUCUCAAGCCACACAACUUUCAAUACAUUUUAUUGCACUUGGACAGUUAGUUCCCAUUUAUAGGAUCUUAAAUGCUUGGUCAGUAAUGCUCUAAAAAGAUGUAAACAGCUGUUUAUAAACCUUUUGUAUUUUAACUCCAGUGGUCCACUGUUAAAACAUCUGUCCACAAAUGUCUUUUAGGUAUUUAUAUGCUAUUUUAAAAUAAAACAUCUGUUUGGUACCAAA